CUGUAGUGUGAUUACGCCUUUACGGAGGUUUAUGUCAUAUUGGGAAAGAAUACAUCCAGCGAUGUUUUCUUACGCGUUAAUUUAUAGCAUGUAAUAUACAAUUUUCUUUUCGUUUAAAGUUUAUACUUUGCAAUAACAAAAUGGCAUCACUUGCUCGCGUUGGUUUCGUGAAACUCGGAUACAACAAUCUUACUAGACAAUUAUGUAAGGUAACAGCUACCAGCAAUGUAAUGCAAUUGGCCUUCAUUGCACAAAAAGCGAAACGAAUAAAUUGUCGACAUCUCGCACCGUUUGAUUAUCUGCAUAAAAAAUAUGGGUUUUGGGCACAAAUGUUUGAUCCGAUGGUUGAUCGUUGCGAUGAGAAUUCCAAGGUGAUCGUCGUCGAAGGUCCGAUUGCUGCAGGAAAGUCUAAAGUGGCCGCAAAAUUGGCUGAGGAGUUUGAGAUGGUCUAUCUACCACCACCGACUUUCGAUGAGUAUUAUAUAAAUGAAUAUGGAUACGAUAUACGUACGCUGGACGAUAGAUUGUCUGUGGGUUCACAAUCGUGUGACGUGCAGAAAUUUCUGACAAAUCCGUAUCAUCCCAAUGUGCCCAUGUUUCAAUUUCAUUAUUUUCAAUUGAAAUUCGAUCAGUAUAUCACUACUCUACUGCAUUUGCUCUCAACUGGCCAAGGAGUGGUGCUCAACCGUUCUUUCUAUAGCGAUUAUGUAUUCGCAAAAGCGAUGACUAACGCUGGUUAUAUGCGUUCGGAAGCAUUAACAUUUUACCAUGAAAUCGUAGACAUGGCCAAGUUACAGAUGUUGAGACCUCAUUUAAUCAUUUAUUUGGACGUACCUGUGAAUACAGUUAUGGAAAAAAUAAAAAAACGUAGCAUACCAUACGAAGUAAAUUCAAAAGUACUCACCUCAGAGUAUCUCCAAGAUAUUGAAAAUAUAUACAAGUUGGAUUAUUUGAGAAGUAUUGAAGAACAUUCUCAUGUUCUAAUCUAUGACUGGACAAACGAGGGAGACAUUACUUACAUGGUCGAAGAUAUUGAAACGCUAAAUUUUGAUUAUGAGGAUAAAACAGCUAAGAAAAUGUCUGAUUGGAGAUUUGAAAGCGUUCAGGAUCUUCGAACUAAAAGACAAUAUUAUGAAAAUAGAUAUCACUUACAUAUAGACUAUUGGAGAAACAAGUAUUCAAUACCAGAAUUGCACUAUACAGCUGAAGAAAAGAAAGAAAUGUAUGAAAUAAUGCAAACGGUACCCGGAUAUAAGUACACUAAAGGAUAUAACACCAAUUUAGGAGAUAAAAAUAUUUUGUGGAAAAAAGAUCCUCCCUUUUAUUUAUCAACUCUAAGACCUAGUGCACGCGAAGUAGAUGUGCUGGUUAAUGAAAUGGAGAAACUCAAGGCCGCGGCGACGGUGUGAGAACGAAAAAAAAGAUAUAUCUAGGAAAGAAAUAGAGCUUG